UUCAUAACACGAGUGCCGUGAAAAAGUCUUCAGGAAGAAUAGCCCAUAUCGAUUAACAACUGAAUUUGCAGUGGAUAUUUUAUUUUAACGGGUCACCAUGAAAGUUCUACGCUUAACAGUCAUUCCAAUACUGGACGCUGUGAAUACAUUUCGAUUAGAUAAACGUGUUUCUACACAUCCCGUAUGGGGUAGUCCUUGGUGUAUGAUUAUUGGAGUUAUUCUAUAUCUGUUGGUGGUCAAGAAAUGGGGACCUCGUUUUAUGGCAAAUCGUAAGCCAUAUAAGAUUGAGAACAUCAUGAUGGCAUACAAUUGCAUACAAAUUAUCAUCAACUUGUAUAUCUUUUGUGUUUCAUUGCGCUACUCUUUCUUGCGGUCUGAUUUCAGCUGGACUUGUGAGCCAUACAACCCUAAUGACAUGAGACCGGAAACAUUAAAGCUGGGACAUGCGGGGAGGUUGUACCUUUUCACAAAAUACUUGGAUUUAUUGGAUACGAUAUUCUUUUUGAUGCGCAAGAAGUACAAUCAGAUAACCUUUUUGCAUCUGUAUCAUCACUCACUUGUGUUGGUUAUGGUGCAUGUGUAUUGUUCCAAAUAUUUCGCUUCCCAUUUAACUUCAACCGGAGUCCUCAAUUCCUUUGUACACGCUGUGAUGUAUUUUUAUUAUCAAUUAUCGGCUAUGAAAUUGAAUAUCAACUUGCAGCCAUGGAAACGUGUAAUGACCAACAUGCAAAUGCUUCAAUUCUUCUUACUUUCUGUUCAUUUUUGUUUACCUCUGAUAAAUAAUUCGUGUAAUUUUGACUUGGCCUUCCUUACACUGACUUUUCUGCAAAAUGUUUUCGUGACUAUUCUCUUUGGUAAUUUCUAUUAUCAGUCAUACAUACGCAAGGAUCGAAAGAGUGUUAACAUUAAGUUGUCAUCUUAAAUGCAGUGAAUUUAGAAAUUCUUAAAAAAACAAAUGUGGAAUAUUAUUAGGAAUGUGAAGAUUAUAAAAAACAAACAAAUUGUAGAAAAUUUAAAAAGAAAUAACAAAUAAAAGAGUGCCAAGUUCGGCCAGAUCGAAUCUUA